AGCCAUUUUGCAGGCUCUGAUUGAGAUAUUGUGAGACCUUUUAUUGCGAUCGCAGUUCUUUUUCGCACAUUUCUCCCGAUGCAAGCGAUCGUGGUUGGUGGCGGUUUGGCCGGCGUUUCUGCCGCCAACACUGUGUUGGAGUGCGGUGGAAAGGUCGUUUUGGUUGACAAAUCCGCCUUCUGCGGUGGAAACUCAACCAAGGCCACCAGCGGCAUCAACGGUGCUGAGACGCAGACGCAGAAGGCCAAGAAGGUGGAGGACUCCGUCCAGCUCUUCACCUCCGACACCUUGAAGGGUGGUGCCAAGAAGCCUGAGCUGGUGAAGGUGCUCUGCGGAAACAGCGGCCCUGAUGUGGACUGGCUGGUGGACAAGUUCGAUCUUGACAUGUCUCUGUUGGCCCGACUGGGUGGACAUUCCGCUCCCCGCACCCACCGUGGCAAGGAGCGUUUCCCUGGAAUGACCAUCACCUAUGCCUUGAUCCAGAUGGUGGAGAAGAUUUCGGAGCGCAGCGACUUGGCCCGAAUCAUCAACAAGGCCAAGGUCAAGCAGCUCUUGACCAAGGCAGGUGCUGUUUGCGGAGUGAUCUAUGAGAAGAAGGGCAAGGAUUUCACUGAGGAGGGCCCUGUGAUUCUGGCCACCGGUGGCUUUGGCGCCGACUUCACGGAUGAUUCCCUGUUGGCCAAGUAUCGCCCAGACCUGUUGCACCUGCCUACCACCAAUGGUGACCACACCACUGGUGAUGGCAUCAAGAUGGGUGAGGCCAUCGGUGCUCGCAGCAUCGACUUGGAAUGGGUUCAGGUUCACCCCACUGGCCUCGUGGAGCCCGACGAUCCCGAGGCCAAGAUCAAGUUCCUGGCGGCCGAGGCCCUGCGCGGCGUGGGUGGCCUGGUGAUCAACGCGGAUGGCGAGCGCUUCUGCAACGAGCUGGGACGACGUGACUACGUCACCGGCGAAAUGUGGAAGUCAAAACCCCCUUUUAGACUGAUCCUGAACAAGGCAGCCAGCGAUGAGAUCAUCUGGCACUGCAAGCACUACACCGGGCGUGGCGUCAUGAAGUUCUACGAGAGCGGUGAGGCGCUGUGCAAGGACAUGAACAUCUCGCUGAGCACCCUGGAGGCCACUCACCAGACCCAUUUCGAGUCCGCCAAGAAGCAGGAGAAGGAUCCUGAGGGCGGUCCGUUCCCCGCCUACCCAUCCGGCAAGACCUGGGACGAGCCCAGCGGAAAGACCGGUGCCGGGAAGAAAUUCUUCCACAACAUCAUCGAUGGAUCCAAGGUGAAGACCGAACCCUUCUACUCAGCCAUCAUCACUCCUGUGAUCCACUACUGCAUGGGUGGCUUGGAGAUUGAUGAGGACUCGGCGGUUGUCGCCCAGUCUGGCAAGGCCAUUCCGGGGCUCUACGCGGCGGGUGAAGUGGCCGGUGGUGUGCAUGGCAACAACCGUCUGGGUGGCAACUCCCUGUUGGACUGCGUGGUCUUUGGCCGUGUGGCCGGAAAGCACUGCGCCAAGUACAUGUUGGGCGACAAGUUCAAGUCGAUGGAUCUCAAGGAGCUGUCCGGUGGAGGAUUGGCAGCAGACAAGGCUCCAGCUGCCAAGCUCUAAGCGAAAGAAGCAGCGCUGUAAGUGGCCGGAAAUUCUGAGAGGGGCCAACUUUUAAAUGACUUCUCUCUGUCUGACCCAGAUUUUCGCGCUGAGCCCUACCGACAGGGGAGCGGCCAAAACAGAGCUUUUGAAAAAGAAUGAAACAGAU